UUCUCUGGCUGACAGAAUCCGUCUCCAAUCGUGUAGUGCGCAGUGAUCGUGAAUGAUAACUCUUGAAGAUCAACAUGUUUUGUUUCAGUGAAGGAUUGGUCCUCGCGCAGUAACUCAUGAGUGAGCUUGUGAAUAGUUAUUUCCAUGGCAACAGAAUUGUCAGGAGAGCGGGCGCGUGGAACAUCAACAGACUCCGCCUGAUGUGAAACUGACAGACGCUCUUGAUCGCUUUCAGUGAAUUAAGUGUUGAGUGUGACUUCAGUAACUUUGUACAUGAUGGAUGUGGUUUCACCUGAGCUCAACAGCCUCCUCCCUGAUGAGAUUAUGGAUACAGAAGCCAUUGCGAUGGAAGAGGAGCUUCCCACCGAGCACCUCUCUGCUCCUCCCCAAUCUGAACCUGAGCCGCCGCAGGUCCCAAUGGAGACAGAGGUGCCUGAAAUCGUCAGCUUGUGUCCAGCCACCACAUCUAUGCAGAUGAGCUCCGCCUCCACUGAUGCUCAGUGCAGCACCAGCUCAGGAACUCAACUCCUCCUUGCCCCCUCGGGCCUCAUAACAGUCACCACCAUGACCACCACCACCUCAACCAAAACCACCGGUCCUGCGGUGACUCAGAACCUCCCCAAAAUCUCCAGCGUUACUGUCCCGGCCAAUCACCAGCUCAUCAUCAACAAAGUGGCUGGUGCCCCUGCUGCAGAUGGCAAGUCUCCAGGCGCUGCUGUGCUCAAGCCAGAGGGCCAAAAACUCUUGGUUGCUGGCCUCAGUAAAACAGGGCAGCCCAUUAUGUUGGCUCUGCCUCACACUUGGAACAAGCCCGCCACUACCCAGUGCACAGGAGAUGCCAAGGCCCAGCCGACACAGAUCAAAAUGUUGACGAGCGUAGGGAAGCCUGUGAUAGCGGUGAGCUCAGCCAGUCAGCUGAUGGGCAGCUCCACCACACUGCAGGCCCAGCAGCUCAAGACACUUCAGAUCACGAAGAAGCCGCCAGUGUCUACAGCUGGACCGAUGAUAACAAAGCUGAUCAUCACAAAAGCCCUGAACAAUAAAGGACUGUCCAGCACAGCUUCGGUGGCUCCUGUAGUGACUGGGCGAGUUGUUACCCAGAGUACUCCAUUGACACCUCCACGCACCAUCACCAUUGGUGAGACCGUCAGUACUGUGCCACAGCAUACAUCUGGCAACAGCAAAGUCGCCAUCUCACCUCUCAAGUCUCCCAGCAAGCUGACUGUAGUUUCCGUGGCCAGUCAGUCUCCAAACUCACCCCAGAAGUCUGUGACGCUGCCGCUUAAUGUGGCUCUGGGCCAGCAGAUCCUCACAGUUCAACAGUCUGCUGCCACUUCUCCAGCUAAAGCAGGAACCAGCCAGCCCACCGCACAGACUGUAAAGCCAGUGCAGACGGUGGGAGGAGUGGGAACAUCCCAGUUUAAGACCAUCAUCCCCCUCGCCACCCCUCACAACGUGCAGCAGAUCCAGGUGCCGGGAAGCCGCUUCCAUUAUGUGCGACUGGUAACGGCCACCACUGGCAGCACCACACCACAGUCGGGCGGCAGCACCAACACCAACCCUUCCAUCCAACAAGCCAAGCCUGUAAUGAUGAAUGCUGCAGUCCGGAUGUCUGUACCCAUCGUCCCAGCACAGAGCAUCAAACAGGUGGUACCCAAACCCUUGACAUCAGCAGCUCAGGUGGUGACCACGAGUCAGACACCCCAGCGUCUCAUCAUGCCAGCCACACAUCUGCCACAGAUCCAGCCCAACCUCACCAGCCUGCCGCCGGGCACUGUGCUCACCCCCGCCCACGGCUCGGGGAACAUGGGCUAUGCUGUGUUGCCAGCCCCUUACGUUACACAGAUCGCUCAGCCUACGUUUGUGACUUUGACCAGCAGCUCCACCUUCUCAACCGCCACCCCCAUACAGACUCAAGCCAGGCUUUCACUCAAUGGUUUAUCAACGUCUGAAGCAACUUCAAGGCCGAGAAAACCCUGCAACUGCACGCGGUCACAGUGUCUGAAAUUGUAUUGUGAUUGCUUUGCCAACGGGGAGUUCUGUAAUAACUGCAACUGUGUUAAUUGCUUUAACAACCUUGAUCAUGAGAGUGAAAGACUGAAGGCCAUUAAGUCAUGUUUAGACCGAAACCCUGUGGCUUUCAAGCCCAAGAUCGGCAAAGGCAAACAAGGGGAGUCCGACAGGAGACACAGCAAAGGCUGCAACUGUAAGAAGUCUGGCUGUCUGAAGAACUACUGCGAGUGUUAUGAGGCAAAGAUCAUGUGUUCGUCCAUCUGCAAAUGCAUGGGCUGCAAGAACUUCGAGGAGAGCCCGGAGAGGAAGACGCUGAUGCACCUGGCAGACGCUGCAGAGGUGCGAGUCCAGCAGCAAACCGCAGCCAAAACCAAACUGUCCUCCCAGAUCUCAGACCUGCUCACCAGAACCACACCGGCCGUCACCAGCGGAGGCGGAAAGUUGCCAUACACAUUCGUAACAAAGGAAGUGGCCGAGGCGACGUGUGACUGUCUGCUGGAGCAGGCCGAGCAGGCCGAACUCAACAACCAGCCUCAGGCCGUGGCAGAGCGCCUCAUUCUGGAGGAGUUUGGUCGCUGCCUCAGGAGAAUCGUUAGUUUUGCUGGCAAAGCCAAGACGGACUGUCCCAUCAGCUGCUAGAGCCGUGACUCAGACCCAUGGUGUUGCUGAACCUAGACUCGGGCUCCACUGGGGGCACUCUUACCGGCCCUCAUAUGGAUUCAUGGGCCUUCUAAUAAAAAGACACAAACCAGAACUUCCCAUUGGCCAGAGAGAUGUGUUGUGGAGGACUACAGUACUUCAUUGUAGCCCCUGCGAUGGACUCCCACUGUCUGCUUUACCGGAAGGGGUUUAUUUUAUAGCAAUGGAUGCAAUUUUAAGGUAGUUUUGGUUUUGUUUUGUUUGGCAAAGUUUUCCACUUUUAAAUCUGCAUAAUCAUGAUAUUUGGUUGUCUUUUAAAUCUGGAUUUUCAUCUUCUCAUUCACCGGUGUCAGAAAGCUCCACUAUUUUUUUUCUUUCUAAUAACCUCGGGACAGUUGGGAUGCGGAAGGAACUUCCCUGCACAUGUAAUAAGUCGUCUGAUCAUGACUUGUAUACAGUCAGUAGCCUGUGCUGUAGCUUCAUUCUGUUUAAGUGCUCACUGCAGAUCUCGCUCCUUAAUCAGAAUCGGGUUCAUGUUCAAGCAUGCAGACAUUCAGCCGAGCCGGUCUAAGAGUCACACCAGAUUGAAGCGGAGCACGGCGGUACAGAUUUCCUGUACUCCAAAAAUCUGAUGAGAUUACUCUUCACUGAUGAAAAGAGCAGCUAAAUAAGCUUCGUAAUCCAGUAGUGAGGAUAUGCUCCUUCAUCUCAGUCCACAGAUCAGUCGAGAACCUGCUCACUGAUUCUUUUCACUAAGUUCGUUUGGUUUGGGUUUUCUUUGCAGUUAUUGGUUGAUCCGCUUUGUCAGGGCUGAAUUAAACCAAACCUGUCCAUAUUGCGAGUCUGAUGAGUCUACACGUCUGGAGUCGCUAAAACACUUCGAGUCAAUCUCCUGAAACCUGCCAAGAACAUGUCCAGUCCAUACUACAUCCCAAAAUAAGAUGUUGGGUUUUUUUUGUUUGUUUUUUUUU